AUGUCGGCUGGCGGCGGAGCGUCAUGUCUCGGCAUCAUUUUCGUACAAAACUCCCUGGCUUGUUCUUGUGAGCUUUUGUACCAGUGCAAAUUUCCUCCAUCCACUUUCUCUUCCUUCUCUCCUUCUUUGUAUAGCAGUCUCAUAGAAACGAUUUCGGGAAUAUUAGCUACACCACCGGCACAAACGCCGUGCAUCUGUCUCAAGCUUGUUGCGUCCUGGAAAUUCGGCAAUCGUCGGGAUAUUUCAGCUGACUCGUGA